AGGUCAGAUAUGUAUUUCUAUAAGAGUCGUAUUCCCUCAUGUUUUAGUUUUGUGGUCGAGCCAUUUUAACAAUAAAUUGCAAUUUUAAAUCAAAGUGAAAUUAUAAAGUGAUGUCACAAAGCAUUUUUUACAAGUUGUGAGAUGAAGCUUCCUUUUAGUAUUUUAUUAGAUCCGAUACUAAGACCUUACUUGGGAAGAACCAGAGUAUUUUGUGAAAAUCCUACUUUUCUUUUUAGUAUUCCUUAUACAUAUUUCUAUUCAGUUAUUGGAUUUUUUAUAAGUGCAAACCAUUUGAGGCGGCACCUCGGUGAACAGCCUUCGCUGAAUACUCCCACGGAAGCAUUAGAUGAUUUGGAACAAGAUUUUAUGCUAGUACACGAUCUUAAAAUUAUAGCUACAUCCAUGGCUCUAGUGCAAUAUGCUUGCGUUUUAGCUGGAUGUUUUACGGAAAAUCCGGCACUCUUCUUACCACAUUUGGGAGGUCAGAUGAUUAUAGUUUUGGUAAAGUUAAUCAACAUUCUGCUAUUGUUAUCACGUAUCAACUUGAAGAGUUUAUGCAAACUCCGACGCAAAAUUCCAGCGGUGAUCUUAAUGACUUUCAAUUGGCUACAAGAAUUUUGUGUUUUUAGAAAGCACCUAUGCAUUUGUGAUUUGUGA